AUGUCAACUGGAGGUAGAGCUGGGUCAGAAUGUCAGUUUGACGUGCCAUGGACCCAAUGCCAGGAAUCGUUCGGUCUGAAGUAUUGUGAAGUGGCAAUGGAGAAGCCAGAGCCAGAGCCAGAGCUGGCACGAGAAGCACAAGCGGGGCCAGAGGUGGUGUGGUUGUGUUUCCAUCGCUCCUCAAGAACACGUUGGUUUGUGCAAUCGAUUUUGCAUUUUGAACUCAAGUUGCUGGCCUGCGUUGUCGACACCGGUAAGCUGAUGCACUUAUACCAGAAGACGAAAGGACUCACAGGCGUGUGCAACAUCGUUGGACCGCAGUGGUUGCGGUGUUUUUUCCAGCUCAGUGAAGAAAAGAGUUGCGCGGUGUUGCGCGGUUCUUUUUUAUCGAUCCCAUUUGCAUCAUGGAUGCAUUGGAUACACAUUUCAUUAUUUUCAUUACCAUUUGCGAAGCAGUGGGAAAAUCCGAUAGGACAGGACACCGAACUCCAGUGACCUGAAUUGGCAAAACUCUUGCGACUCCUGCAUUGGGAGAAAGCGGAAUACUUUGCGCGGCAUGUCACGGCAUGUCACGGUAGCUUGUUGGCGUCACUUGUGGCUGAAAACUGAAUUCCUUGGCAUAGCCUUAGAUCGUUGCGUUCACAUGGCUACUUCCAAACAUGUGCAGAUCCCUGUGCCAUUGCAGAAAGUGAUGACAGUGCUACGACGGCUGGGCAUCACAACAUCAUGAACCACCUUGCUACAUCUUGCUAGUUGCAUUCUGAAACAAAGCAAUCAAAAUUGGACAACGGCUGGAGGACCUACACGAAUGGCUGGCUGCAAUGAUACCCACCACAACGCUUACGCUAUCUUGAGCUUGAACGCAGACCCGCAACAGCAUGGAAAUCUUUGGUAAUGUGCUCCUCUGAUCUUAUCACGGUUUCGCUUCAGCUGCGAGAUGAAUGUUGGAUUGAGCAGAUUUGGACGGGCUACUGGUGCAAAUUAUUUCUUAGCAGCCCACCUGCUCUCUUCUCCUGAUGGAAAACAGGUGCAGAUUUUGUGCAUUCUUCAAACUGCAGAUGCUGCCAUUCCAUGAUCCAAUGUUUUGGGGUCCCAAUUCCGACCCAUGCCAACAAGGCACUGGCCGGAAUCCAAAGGGUGCACUUGAUGUCGUUUGGGUCUAAUCAAAUCCCUAUACCUCAAACAAUUAUGGCCGGAGAGGGCCACCAUACUACUGUAUUGACAAUGACCAUUUUGAGGCCAAAUCAUGGCACCUGAAACCUUGUCCCAAUAUCUCGGAGUGAUUCUAAAUUCAGCAUAGACACCAUACCUGGUGGAUCCUGGUGGAAAGAUUGCCCAACUUUGAGUACCCAGUGCAUCUCAGAGUACCGCUGGACCAUACCCCUUUUCAACUUGGGAGCUUUGAAGGAAAGCCUCUUGGAUCGAGCUGAACCUAGGUGCUGGUGAGGACCGCAUGAAGAUUGGUGUGGCCAUGGAGAAGGAGGCACGAGAGCUGGAGGCUGCGGGACAGGCUGAGGAGGCCUUGGAAGGUUUUCAUAGAGCAAUCGCAGUGCAGAAACUCGUGUACAACUUCGAUGAUCGCUGCAAGAACAAUGCGCAGAUCAAGGAGAUGGUUGGAAAGCGCAUUGCUGAGUUGGAGGGUGAUGUGAAGCGUUUGUCACCCCCUGAGGAACAGGCCACGCCCAUCGAUGACCUUGAGGCGAGACUUCGGAAACUCCGAGAAUGAGUCAUUGGAGCUCCCAGCGAGGCUUUGUGCCAGCGGAAUCAGAGGCCGCGGGCUUUCCACCAUGACCAUCGAGGAUGAUUCUCCAACCGGUCAAGUGAGCAGCAUUUCAGGGCCCGGCCGUGGUUGCACCUUCAUCAUUUGAGAUGAAAAAAAUCAUGAGUCCGUCAUUUCAAG